AUGGAAACCAAUUCUCGUCGAGUGGCAAAAUUUCCUCCAACCGUGUGGGGUUGUAGCUUUGCUUCAUUUUCCUUCCCUCAAAAGGAAUUCGAGACAUACACCCGAGAAGUAGACGUGUUGAAGGACAAUACAAAGGAUAUGUUAAUGGCUUCCAAAAACGACCCAGUGGAAAAUAUUCAGUUCAUCAAUUUGUUAUGCCGCCUUGGUGUUUCAUAUCAUUUUGAAAAAGAGAUUGAAAACAACCUAAAACAAAUUUUCCAUGACUUUCCAAAUCUUCUGAAGAAUCAUGACUAUGACCUCUACACUGUAUCAGUCGUAUUUCGAGUAUUCAGGCAACAUGGAUACAAAAUGCCUUGUGAUUACAUGAAAGUUCUUUAUAGAGCUAUUUUGAAUCUUUUCAAAGAAUCUGAGAACGAUAUGAGCAAGCAAGGGAGAUCCUAUGCCGCAUAUUAUGUGAAGGAGGAAUUCAAAGAUUUGGUGGGAGCCUACCAUGUAGAGGCGCAAUGGGCAGCUAAAGGCCAUGUCCCAACAUUCGAUGAGUACGUGCGGAAUGGAUUAACCACAAGUGUUUAUGGGGUAAUUAUGGCAGCAUCCUUCCUUGGGAUGGAAGAAGCUGCAGGAGUGGAAGAAUAUGAAUGGCUAAAAAGUAAUCCAAAAAUUGUUAGAGCUGGAAAGAUGAUCGGUCGUUUAAUGAAUGACAUAGUAGGCCACGAGGUUGAACAAAAAAGGGGAGAUUGUGCAUCCGGUGUCGAAUGCUAUAUGAAACAAUAUGAUGUCUCGAAAAAGGAAGCAAUUGAAGUGAUACAAAAGAUAGAUGCAAAUGCAUGGAAAGACAUUAAUGAAGAUUGCAUAAGGCCAACCAAUGUCCCCAUGCUUCUCCUUCAAAACUAUGUCAACCUUAUUCGAGUAACCGAUGUUAUGUAUGGGGGUGGUGAUGAUGCUUACACAAUUCCCUCAAGUUUGAAAGAUUAUUGCACCUCAUUGUAUCUUGAGCAAGUACCUAUGUAA